CCCAGACGCUGACCGGCGAGGAAAUAGGACUGGGAGGCCAGGGCCGGGCCACGCAAAGCGCCGAACACCUUGCGCGCACCACUUCCUCCGCCAUGGGCGCGCCAUGACACGCCACCACCCGUAGCCAUCGCUGCCGCUGCCGUUACCGCGCACACCCCAUCCCACCCCACCCCACCCCGCUCCGCUCCACCGCCUCCUCCCCCAUGCUUCCGCGCAGCGCCAUCCCCCGCCUGCUGCUGCUGCUCGCGCUCGCGCCGCUGCUGCUGACGCCCGCCCGGGGCCAGCCGCAGCCGACGCUCCCGUGGCGGGACCUCCAGGCGCUCUACGGGCUGCGCGCGUCCCUCGGCCUGCGCGCGCGGGACUGGCCCGCCAAGGCCGACCCCUGCGCCGCCUGGGCCGGCGUCACCUGCGGCGCCGGCCGCGUGGCGGUGAUCCGCCUCGGCGGGCUCCGCCGCACCCGCGCGGGGGCACGCAGCGCCGCCUUCGCCGUCGACGCGCUGCGCGGGCUCGGGGCGCUCGAGGAGUUCAACGCCUCCGGGUUCCCGCUCCCCGGACGGAUCCCGGCCUGGUUCGGCCGCGGCCUCCCGUCUUCGCUCGCCGUCCUAGACCUCCGCUCCGCCCGCGUCGAUGGCGAGCUGCCCCUCUUCCUCGGCAUGUCCGGGAACCUGACCACCCUCGUUCUAGCCGGUAACGCCCUCUCCGGUUCGAUUCCGGCGUCGGUUUUCUCCAGUAAGGCUCUCCGGAUCCUUGAUCUUUCCAACAACAACCUCACCGGGGAGCUUCCCGACGUGUCUGUCUCCGCCGGUGAUGGAGCCGGAGCUCUGUUUAACGCCUCGGGGAAUUCACUCUACGGCGAUGGCCUGGGGUCCCUCAAGAAGAGGUUUCAGGUGGUCGAUGUGUCGAGCAAUUAUUUUGGCCAAGCGCCCACCACUGGGUUUCAGAAUGGCUCUGAGGGAACAGUCUACAUCAGGAUGAAUUGCUUGCCAGGCGUGCCAGGCCAGCGCAGCCGUGGUGAUUGCGAGGAUUUCUAUAUGAGGAAUGGAUUGCAAUUGCCUGAACCACCACAAGCAUCACCAUCACCGGGCAAGAAAGGUGUCAGGUGGAAGCAUGUACUGGCUGGAGUUCUUGGAGCUGCAGCAGUUGUGAUUAUCCUUUUACUUGUGGCACUGGUGUUUUGCUUGGUGAGGAGGGGGAGAAGGAGGCCUAGAGGAAGAGGGCUGGAGCAGAACGACGACGGCAUCCGCUCUGGUCGCAAGAGCAGCAGUGUGAAUCCGAUGGUGAUGUCACCAUCCCGGGCAGCUAACAGUCCACCCAAGGGUUUGCCUAUCGUCCUGGAUGAGCUCACUUACGAGCAGUUGCAACAUGUCACCGGAGGCUUUGGAGAUGAUAACCUUGUCAAGCAUGGGCGCUCCGGGGACAUUUACCGUGGUGUCUUAGAGAGUGGCUUAAAUGUUGUCGUAAAAAAGGUCGAUGUGAAGAGCAGUAAGAAGAACAUUGUGGAAUUAAGCUUUCUUGUCAAAAAAUCCCAUGCCAGGAUUGUUCCAUUGCUGGGGCAUUUGGUCAAGGAUGACGAGGAAUUGCUAGUGUACAAGUACAUGUCAAAGGGAGAUCUGACAACUGCACUGCACAGGAAGCCAGCGGAUGCUGAAGUGGGGUUAUCUUCAUUGGAUUGGAUAACAAGACUGAAGAUUGCAAUUGGUGUAGCUGAGGCCCUGUGCUUCCUUCACGAUGAAUGUAGUCCACCAUUGGUUCACAGAGAUAUCCAAGCAAGCAGUGUUCUUCUUGAUGACAAAUUUGAAGUGUGCCUUGGGAGUUUGAGUGAAAUUUGCCUCCAACCAAGUGAUGGAAGCAGGAGUUUCUUCUCUAGGAUGUUGAGAUCAUCAAAGUCUCUCGAGAAGAACAUGUCAGGUCCGCCUGCUAGCCGCACAUACGAUGUUUACUGCUUUGGAAAAGUGCUACUCGAGCUAAUCACCGGGAAAUUUGGCGUGAGUGGUUCAAACGAGAGCGACUCAGAGGAGUGGCUGGCAAGCACUUUAGAUUACAUUGAAACCCAUGACAAGGAGGGCGUCACAAAUAUUGUAGACCCUUCACUCAUUGUGGACGAAGACCACCUAGAAGAAGUAUGGGCAGUCUCCAUUGUCGCGAAGACAUGCCUGAAUCCAAAGCCCUCCAGACGGCCUCUCGCUCGGUACAUCUUGAAAGCGCUGGAGAACCCGCUAGGGGUGGUGCGGGAAGAGCUCUACUCGAGCCCCAGUUCAGCUCGACUCACAAGUACCUCAUCCAGGAGCUCUUGGCGUUCUGCUUUCCAUGGGCACUCAUACCGGUACUCCGAGGUGCAAGUAUCAGGGAAAGCACUCAGUUAUAGGCAGUCGGCAAAGUCGGAAGGAAGCGACGAGGAGGAAAAUUCCUUCUCGUUCAAGAAGGCUUCGCGGGAGAUGCUCCCGGAUGCGGUAGAGCUGGAAGACAUAGCUGUUGUGUAGGAUCACCAUAGAUUAGCGAUACUUUACAUGAGCCGAGACUAUUUUGUUGUUGUUAAUCUCAGAUGUGUAUAAUCCAUCAUCUGAUGUGCAUAUUUUGCUGCCCUAGUAGGUAAAAAGCUGUGUAUACAAGGAGUAGGCUUUCUUUAUCUCCCCCCUUUUCAGUGAGGCAGUUUUCAGUAACUUAUACCGAGAAUAAAAUCUGUAAUCUGUACUGGGAAUAAACGGCGCUGCUAGUGACCAGUAGUUUUGGUAAGCA